AUGUAUGUCGCCAAAAGAAUUGUACGGAUUUUAACUGUAUCACAAGCUCAAUGGUCGUUUCCACUGAAGAAUCAAAUACCAAAAAGACUUCUCUCGCUGACUGCAUCAAAAUUCCAUGGUGAUUACGAAUAUCAGGUGAGUACAGGCAUCUACAAAUGA